AUGAUUUUUCUUGGGAAAAAUAAUGAAGAUGACCCUAAUAGCACUGCUAGUUUUAAACUUGUCGAAUUUAGUCAAGAAUUGGGACGAUUAGCCCUUGCAAAGAUGAUAAUUAUGGACGAGCUUGCUUUUAAAUAUGUUGAAAAUGAAGGAUUUAGGUAUUUUGUUAGUCUGGGCAAAGGAAAAAUAUAUGCUAAAAACAUUGAAAGACGUGUCCAAAAAUUAUUUGAGUAUCCAGUUCCUAUUGUGUCUAGUAGUGCAUCCUCAAGCUAUUCUAUACAAGCUAACACAAGUCAAUGUGUUGCUGAAGAUGACGAUGAUAUUGAUUGGGAUGAUGUUUUUAGUUUGAAAAUGAAGCAAAAGCAGGUUGAUGUAAAAAAGAGUGAGUUAGAGAGGUAUGUUGGGGCUGAAAAUGAAGAUUGCAAGGAUCCUUCAUUUGAUAUUUUGGGUUGA